CGCAGUUCUUAUCGGAACAUGAGGGACAGAUUGAACGAGUUCCAAAGCCGUGUUACCGAUCGAUUUGACGAAGUUGAACUCUCGCCGGCACGACCGCCGUCGGCAGCCGAGUAUGUUGACCGACGAUUCGAGGAAGUCCGAAAUGCGAUUGCCAGUGUUCGAGGGGAAAUUGAAAAGUUGAGAAGGGAUCAGCAACAUGUAUUGGCACUAACCAUAGCUGAUCCGAGGGACAAGAACAUUCUCGAAAACCAAAUUGGAACAAUUCGCCGUCGAACGGGAGAUCUUCGAAAACUGGUCCGACAAGCGGAAGAUGACUUCCUGGAGUUCACAAAACAAGUGCAAUCUGUCACAGAAAAACGAAUGCGUCAGAAUCAACUCGAACUUCUGAAAGAUAACUUGAACAAACUUAUUAAUUUGUUCAACGAAACCCAUCAAGACUACAAAUCACGUGUAUCCGUCCGAGUGCGCCGACAACUACAAACCGUCGGACAAGACCUCACAGAUGAGGACAUUAAUCGGAUUAUGGAAAAUAGUGGAUCAGAGCAGCUAUUCUUCCGAGAAGUAAAUCCACUGUCAGUAUCCGGUCAAGCGGCGUACGAAGAUGUGAAAAAGCGGCACGGAGAAAUUAAAGAUUUGGAAAAUAACAUUGCAAUGUUGGAAGAGAUCUUUCUCGAUUUGCAGCAUCUGACAGAAGCACAGGACGAAAUGGUCACGAAUAUUGAUAACAACGUGGAAAACGGUCUUGAGCAAGUGAAGCAAGGUUCCGCGAAUGUUAAAACUGCAGUGGAAUAUAAAAAGAGUGCAAUGCGGAAAAAGAUUUGCGUCGCUGCAAUUCUUAUCACAAUUCUCCUGAUUCUCAUUAUCGUUGCAAUUAUUCUUGCUGUGGUUUUAUCAAGAGGCAAUAACAAUAACAAGUAAAACUUUAUCACCCUUGCCGAUUCAUUUUCAACAUUCGAGAAGACAUAUUCCCGUGCUUCAUUUCAACGUUUUGGUGUUCACCUUGCUGGCAUAUUAGUAUACAUACAUAAAACGCCCAUCUUCAAACCAAUUACAAAUAACUAAAAAUCUUCAAAUCCUCAACCUAGCGGCUCACGGUCAUAUCUUGCGAAAAUGUAGUAAAAAUUUCUCAUUGUAAUCUUAAAAUGUUUAUCUUGCAUGUAUUAUUUUUGUCGAUUCAUACGUGGUUAGAUAUUUUCACUAGAUUUUUAACUCCCCCCUCACUUCUUAAAAACUUAUUCACUUGGUUUUUUCAUUCGUUUUGAUGAUUCAAAUGUACAGGUUCUUGUUGUUUCAUAUAAAUUUUUAACUCAACUG